AUGUCGGACGACGACAAGAAGACGGUUGAUCACACCGAACCUACAUGUGAUCCGGGCAACAUGACCUUGCCAACAUCGAUUGACGAGCUUCCCGAUGAUCUUCGCCAAAAGAUUCAAGCCAAGCUCACUGCCAAUCUAGAAGCGUUCCUCGCGAGCUGCUUUAAAGAUCGGCAGGGCAACGUCACUCGAUACUGUGAACCCAUCUUUGGUGAGCUCACUGCACCAAAGGUAAAAGAUAAUAAAGUGGUUGAAGAUCCUUGCCCUACUCAUGCUAAUUAUGCUAAGAUGUUACAAGAUCAUAGGAUAGUAACUGAUAACAAUCUUAUGACUGUUGUUAAUAUGAUCAUGUCACGUUUUGAUAGAUUAGAGGCUAAGAAAGUCGAUUGUGUUGAUGCAUCUACUAGCGAAUUGGCUUCUAAACAACCUCAAUAUGGCAUGCCUUACAUUUUUUAUGAGAAUUAA